UCCGGCGUACUCCCCGCAUGAAAUCGAGCGAACCGGUCGGUGGUGAUUGUGAGUGACCAUAUGGCUUUGUGUGGUUUACUGUCAGAAUCAAACAUUGUUUUGGGGGGUCAUAACAACGGGCAACUGCAAUGGCGCAUCUAACAGAAAACCCCGCGGAUAAAGAGAGGUUCAUCUGCCUCUAUCCCAUGUACAUCAACAGUAAGAAGACGCUGGCGGAAGGUCGAAGGAUCCCCACAGAGAAGGGUGUGGAGAAUCCCUCCUGUGCUGAGAUCAGAGAUGUGCUGAUGGCGGCGGGGAUGAACGUUUACGUCGAGAACAAAAUGCAUCCUAGAGAGUGGAACAGGGACGUGCAGUUCAGAGGUCGUGUCAGGAUUCAGCUGAAGCAGGCCGACGGCAGCCUGUAUCAGGAGAGGUUCACAUCCCGUAAAGACGUGAUGUUUUACGUAGCAGAGAUGAUCCCCAAACUGAAGACUCGGACCCAGAAGAGCAGCGGCGGAGACACCAGCUCCCAGCAGGGAGAAGGAGGCAAAAAGAGCAAGAAGAAGAAGAAAUAGAUUUUUUUUUUUUUCCCCUCUAUCUUGUUGCAGAUUGAUUAAGGCCUCUGUGUUUUGAGCUCCCUCAGAACUGGGCUGCUGGUUCCCAAAAAGCCUCCAGCAGAUGCUGAUGGACUCACGUCAUGUUGUCUCUGCUUCCUUUUUUGACAAAAAAUAAACUUCACUUCAUCAUC